AUGUCAGCUAACGUUUCCGACAAACUAUUCACGUCAGCAAGACUACUUUUCUCAAAUGGAGACGUCAACGUGUCUUCGACUGCCGACCCUUAUAUUUCACGUUACCCGAUAACUGACAACGUUUCAGCCACUCGCGACCAAUUCGAACCUAUCAGCGGGGACAAUAAUACUGAGGCUACGACCGACGAGCAGUUUGUUCCCCGCAGCGGAUAUGACUUUCCGGUGUUCGGUAUGGAGGACGGAACGUUUGUCUACCUUCACAGCCUUGCCAUUGGUUGCCUGAUCACCAGCCUCAUCUGCGCCAUCAUCACAAUCGUUCUCUCUUUCCGGAACAACAAUAACCUCACUUUCUUCAGCAAGUGGUCCCGUAGCGAGCGAUACGUCGUCUACAUGGCGAUCUGCGACGGUGUCUUCAAUUUUUGGCACACUAUUGAGCACGUGCACGGCCUCGUGGUGUUCGGACACGUGCGCCCUAAGGAGCUGUGCACCUUCUACGGCUUCAUGGUCACGGUUUUCAUCGGGUCCCAGAACCUGCUGGUGAACGUCAUCGCCAUCAGCGUGUUUUUCAUCAUUUACUUCGACAAGAAUAUCAACUUCGGCAAGAGAGACUGGAAGCUCCUUCUCUAUUGCUUCGGAGUACCGUUUGUUGGGGCUGUAGCGGCAGCGGCCGGCGAUCAGUUUGGACCAAUAGAAUUAUUCUGCGCAUUCGACCAGGUGAAAGGCAGAAUGAGCAACUUCCUCUUCAAUACAAUCCCGAUUAUCAUUAUCACCGCCGUCAACAUUAUCCUAUAUAUUUUGGCAUGGAAACGUAUCCGUGACGAGACCCGCGCGACGAAGCAGGUCCUAGGCAAUGAGAAUUCUAACAUUGCUAUCAUGAAGAGGUCCCACAGGGCGGCAAGAAACAUGUCCAUGUUCGUGGUCGCUUUUUUCGCGCAGUGGUCAGGUGUUGCGGUGCACGCUGUCUGGGGGCUCGUCACUCCGCACAUUCACAUGGUCCUCUAUUUCCUGAUCGUCUUCUUUGCCAACAUCGGCGGCCUCUUGAACCUCAUCGUGUUUCUCAUCAUCCGCAAGUCGCGCAACGCCCAGAAGAGCCCGGACAAUCGUCAGAUGCUAGUCUUGAAGAGCAGCAACGUGACGUCCGGUACAAAGUCAAUAGAUUCAUCAUUCGCAAGUCGCGCACCGCCAAAGAGUACCCGGACAAUCGUCAGAUGCUAG